GUACCUGUUCAGGUGGAACAGGACGACUCGUUAGAAGAACCAUCAUGGCACUGCAAUGGGUGAAGCCGUGGAUCGCUCUGCUCUUUGGACUAUCUGCUGCACAUUCUGAGACUGUUAUGAUUCCAGACAUGACUUCCAUUGGGAGUCUAUAUGAUUCCAAACUGCAAAUCGUAUCAGCAGGAGUAAGUCCCACUCAUAACGGGCAGGUCUGCAGCACAUGGGGUAACUACCACUACAAAACCUACGAUGGAGACCUCUUCCAGCUGCCCUACACCUGUAACUACGUGCUGUCGUCGUUGUGUAAGAGCAGCAGCGGCUACGAGGCCUUUAACAUUCAGCUGCAGCGCGGGGAGGUAGAUGGGCUGCCCACCAUCACCAAGGUUUCUUUGAAGCUGGAUGGAACCUUCGUGGAGCUGGCCAACGGUAACGUCAGUGUCAACGGAUUACAGGUCACCAUACCGUUUGGUCAGUUUAACGUCUUCAUUGAGAGGACCGUUUCCUAUGUGAAGAUCACAGCCAAGCUGGGGUUAGUCAUCAUGUGGAAUGAAGAUGAUUCCCUCUGGGUGGAGCUGGACUCAAAGUUCCAGAAUCAGACAUGUGGGCUGUGUGGAGACUUCAACGGAGUCCAGAACGAGUUCAAUAGGAAUGAUGAUUAUCUGAAGAUAAUCGACUAUGCUGAUAUUUGGAAGAUGAAUGGCCCAACAGAAACCUGUACAGAAAUCCCUGUUCACACUGAGCAGUGUGAAGACCAGGUAUUUACAAGUCUAGAGUUGAGCUGA